AUGUCCUCCAUACAAGUAGAUGCUUCUAACACGCAGGAGAUAACAGCUUCUCUUGUUCCAAUGCACAUUCAAUAUACUGGGUCAGCAAAAACCCAGGAUUACUUUGCUCCAUCAAAAAUACGACCAGAUACUACAGAUGGCAACCAUGUUGCCUAUUUCAGAGGAUGCAAAUUGUUGGGUAAUCCAAUAGAUUUAUCGUCUUCUCAACUCAAGGGAUAUGUCAUUAACAAAUCUGAACAUUUGGCAAGAUCUGAAGAUGAAGACGGCCAAGAGGUAAUUACUACUGUUUCGAAUUAUACCGCAGAAGUUUCAUUCAAAGAGUUAAUGGUCUAUGGACACGACGUUCCUGCUGAACUGGAUAAUCAAUGGUCUUUAAUUCCAGAAUAUUGUAAAAUCAAUAGUAUACUCCAUGAUUAG